CGGCAGGGCUCAUCAGUCAUGGCACGAAGGGCCUUGAAGCUUGCCUCGCUGGUGGCAGCCUCUUCAGGCAUCUAUCUGUAUGGCAACAAGUUCCUGGAUCCCAAUGAUUUUGGAGUUGUUCGUGUGGGCCGAGCCAUUGCCACAACGGCAGUUAUCACGUAUGACUACCUCACCUCCCUUCGGAGCGUCCCAUAUGGAUCAGAGGAGUAUGAUUUCCUCAAAUCACAGGUGCACCUGCGCUCUGCUGAGCGCCUCCGGGAACUGUGCUGUGCCAACCGAGGCACCUUCAUCAAGGUGGGACAGCAUCUGGGAGCGCUUGACUACCUGCUGCCUGAGGAGUACACCCGCACCCUCAAAGUGCUGCACAGCCAGGCCCCACAGAGCACCAGGCAGGAGAUUGAGCAAGUCAUCCGUGAGGAUCUGGGCAAAGAGAUAAAAGAGCUCUUUGUGAGUUUUGAGGACACUCCCUUGGGAGCAGCAUCACUAGCCCAGGUGCACAAGGCAGUGCUGCAGGACGGGAGAACAGUGGCAGUGAAAAUCCAGCACCCAAAGGUCCAAGCUCAGAGCUCCAAGGAUAUUUUGCUCAUGGAGGUUCUCCUUUGGGUUGUGAAGCAGAUCUUUCCAGAUUUUGAAUUCAUGUGGCUGGUGGAAGAAGCUAAGAAGAAUCUGCCCUUGGAGCUAGAUUUUCUCAACGAAGGCAGAAAUGCUGAGAAGGUUGCUCAUAUGCUCAAGAACUUUGACUUCCUGAAGGUCCCCAGGAUCUACUGGGAGCUCUCAACAAGGCGCGUCCUUCUCAUGGAGUUUGUGGAAGGGGGACAGGUGAACGACAGCGCCUACAUGGAGAGGAAUGGCAUCAAUGUCAACGAGAUCUCUCGCAACCUGGGGAAGCUCUACAGCGAAAUGAUCUUUGUGAACGGCUUUGUGCACUGUGACCCACACCCAGGCAACGUGCUAGUGAAGAAAUGUCCAGCCUCUGGCAAGGCCCACAUUAUCCUCCUGGACCAUGGGCUCUACCAGGUGCUGAGUGAGUCAUUCCGCAUGGACUACUGCCGCCUUUGGCAGGCCCUCAUCAAGGCUGAUAUGAAGAAGGUGCAGAAGUACAGCCGGCGGCUCGGGGCAGGGGAUUUGUACCCUCUCUUUGCCUGCAUGCUGACCGCCAGAUCCUGGGAAUCUGUCAACAGGGGCAUUGACCGGUCUCCAGUCUCAGCCAGCGAGGAUGUGGAGAUCCGGUCCAAUGCUGCUGCUUACCUACCCCAGAUCACCCAGCUCCUCAACAAUGUCCCCCGCCAGAUGCUGCUGCUGCUGAAGACCAAUGACUUGUUAAGGGGGAUUGAGUCAGCCCUGCACACGCGGGCCAGUGCCAGCUCCUUCCUCAACAUGUCUCGCUGCUGCAUCAGAGCCGUUUCCACGUACCAGAGGAGCAAGAGUCACUCGCUUUACAGGAGGGUCCAGAUCUCACUCACGGAAGCCCUGAGCCUGUGGCAGAUCAACUUGUGUGAAUUCUUCCUGUGGCUGAAGGGGUCCCAUCUGGGGAACUGGGUCAUUGCUCUGCUGAGCCGGAUGCACCAUUCCACAUACUGACAUGAACUGGUGGGAGAGGCCUGGGUGCUCCCUCCCUCCCUUCUGUUCUCCGUGGCACAUUUGCCUUUCUGACUGCUUCCAUCUUCUGUGGGCUAUUUUUGGGUCUUGUUCCAUGUUACAUGCUGCACUGUCCUUAUCUGUUCCAGCAAUAGCUUUCUCUGUUGCACCAAGAGGUGGAGUUUGUACUGGAGCUCUGCUGUUCCAUGGUUUAGGAAAACGAGGUGCAGGAUACUGGGCGUCAGGAAAGGCAGAGGA